AUGAAUGGCAAGCGGGCGCUCUUAGAUGCUUCUGCUUCGACCCCAUCGUUGUGGCUCCUGCUACCUGCUGGUCUUGUUCGAUGGUCUGCCAGCAAGGUAAAAGGGUACGCUCUCUGGACAAGCCGCUCAAUAAUCGAAUCCGCCUACGAGCGGAAGCAGAUCGAGCGCUGGCUCGCGACCAAGUCGACGAGUCCGAUGACGGGCGAGGCACUCGAGCAUAUCUUCCUCUUCCCAAACCAAGCGCUGCGUGGGCGGAUUCGAGACUGGCAAGAGGCGCAUUGA